UAGCUAUGUUGUAAUAGAAUAGAGAGGACUUGCCUUCUCUAUAGGAGCUCAGCUCUGGAGUAGCAUCAGCUACUAUUCUCUUGUAUCCAUUUUUCCAGUUAAUCAAAUCACUCAUUCCUUCUUAAUUCCUGUUAUUUCCAUACACUGUUACAUUGGUUUGUAUCAGAAAUGCAAUUUAUCAUAAACAUAUUACUAUAUGACGGUUUUUAACUCUCACGACUCACCAUAAAGUUGUAUGUUUAAAAGAUGUUUGACAAUAAAUGUAUGUCCGAAUCAUUACUUUUAAAUAUUUUUUCAAUUUAGUAAAAAAUAAUAAUAAAUUCAUUGAGUUCUGGUGUGAUAUAUUCAAUGUUCAUAGUUUGACUAAUUUGAGGGAGUGGUUUUAGCAUGUCAUAAGCAAAAUAAGAGUGAAAUCUCACUCUCUCAAAUCUGUAUAUAAUAAACUGUGUCCUUUUGCUGUCUAUUUCAACUACAUUUCUUCUUCUCUGCCGCAAGAGAAGAGAGUAACAGGGAUUGUAUAUAAUCUAGAAAAGAUGGGGGAAAGUGAGGCAGGGGGAAUAUCAAUGAAGACAAUUGAGCUAGAAAGAGUGGAGAAUAAUGAGAAAUAUCCGACAGAUGAAGAUCCCAAGGUUAACUAUAGAGGAUGGAAAGUCAUGCCCUUUAUCAUAGGGAAUGAAACUUUUGAGAAACUGGGAGCCAUUGGCACUUUAUCAAACCUGUUGGUGUAUCUUACAACAGUGUUCAACCUGAAGAACAUCACAGCUGCAAACAUGAUCAACAUCUUCAAUGGCAGCACCAAUUUUGCUACCUUGCUUGGUGCUUUCUUCUCAGAUACUUAUUUUGGUCGCUACAACACACUGGGAUUCUGCUCACUCACUUCCUUUCUGGGGUUGCUUUUAAUUCAACUUACAGCUGGGAUCAAGAAUCUGCACCCACCUCAGUGUGGAAAGGAAAGCACCACAUGCAAACAGCCAACAGCAGGGCAAAUGACAUUUUUGCUUGCUGGAUUUGGUUUGCUGUUGGUAGGUGCUGCAGGGGUGAGACCAUGCAAUUUGGCAUUUGGAGCAGAUCAGUUCAAUCCCAAGACAGAAUCAGGAAAGAAAGGAAUCAACAGCUUCUUCAAUUGGUACAUGUUUACCUUCACUUUUGCCCAGAUGGUGUCCUUGACACUAAUUGUGUAUAUACAAUCAAAUGUGAGCUGGGCAGUGGGUUUGGGAAUUCCUGCUGCUUUGAUGUUCAUAGCUUGUGUGUUGUUUUUCAUUGGGACCAAAAUGUAUGUGAAAAUUAAACCAAGUGGUAGCCCCAUGACUAGUGUUGUCCAAGUUAUAGUGGUUGCAAUCAAGAAAAGAAGGUUGAAGCUACCUGCAGAACAUCCAAUGCUUUCCCUCUUUGACUAUGUAUCACCAAAGUGCAUUAACUCUAAGCUUCCUUACACAUAUCAAUUCAGGGGUUUGGAUAAAGCUGCAAUUAUGACCCCACAAGACAAGAUAAACCCAGAUGGAUCUCCAACUGAUCCUUGGAACCUUUGCAGCGUGCAACAAGUGGAAGAGGUGAAAUGCUUAGUGAGAGUGUUGCCUAUAUGGUUUUCAGCCAUUUUGUACCAUUUGGUUAUUGUCCAACAGCACACAAUCCUUGUGUUCCAAGCACUUCAAUCUGAUAGAAGAAUUGGUCACAGCAAGUUCAUGAUCCCUGGUGCAUCCUACUAUGUGUUCUUGAUGUUGAGCAUGACCUUGUGGCUACCCAUCUAUGACAGAAUAGUAGUCCCUUUUCUCAGCAAACUCACUGGGAUAGAAGGUGGCAUCACACUCCUUCAGAGGAUGGGAAUUGGCAUAUUUCUGGGUUUACUCAGCAUGAUAGUUUCUGGGGGGGUUGAAAAGCAUAGAAGACAUUUGGCUCUGACUGAUCCAAUAGGAUUACAACCAAGAAAAGGUGCAAUUUCAUCAAUGUCUGGUUUUUGGCUAAUUCCUCAGCUAACACUAGCUGGACUAGCUGAAACAUUCACUGCUGUUGGACAAAUUGAAUUUUACUAUAAACAAUUCCCUGAGAACAUGAAAACUAUUGGAGGGUCACUUUUCUACUGUGGCAUGGCAGGGUCUAGUUAUUUGAGUACUUUUCUUAUUUCAGUGGUUCACAGAACUACUGAAAAAUCUGCAACUGGGAAUUGGUUACCAGAGGAUCUAAACAGAGGGAGAUUAGAUUUGUUUUAUUACAUGAUUGCUGCUAUUGAAGUCAUGAAUUUGGGGUACUUUCUAUUGUGUUCAAAUUGGUAUAGGUAUAAAGUAAUUGACACCAAUAAAAGCAUUGUUAAUGCAUGAAAGUGUGCUAAUAGGUAGGAUCUAAAAUAGUGCUCCUUUUAGACUAGUAAAGGAAUAAAGUAGUAGUGUUGUAUGGAUUAGGAGACAUUUGAUGUAAUAUUCUUAAUAAGAAAGGAAAGAAAUGGAUUUUGCUUCA